CAGUUGAAGAUUUUUACAUUUUAAAGGCAUUAAUUUUAAAUGUUUAAUAUGCUAAUGAAGAGAAAAACACUAUUAUUUUCAGAAUUUGAGAGAACACAUUAUCCAGACGUAUUUGCAAGGGAGAGGUUGGCAUCUAAAAUCGAUUUGCCUGAAGCCAGGAUACAGGUAAGAAACGAAGUUUGGUUUUCGAAUCGUCGAGCGAAGUGGAGGAGGGAAGAAAAGUUAAGAAAUCAAAGAAGAGCUGCGGAACAGGCGGCUGUUUCAGUUACAAGUCCAACACCAGCACGUCUUUCUAUUAAUUCUGGUUUCCCUAACGCACUAUAUCCUACUAUAGGCCAACCCAUGGCCAGUAUGGCCGAGACAUACAGCUCCCUGCCUACAAUGCCCAGUUACAGUAUGGCAAACAAUAUGGCGACAAGCUCGUGUCUUCAGCAGCAGACUUCUUCCUAUUCUUGCAUGUUACCACCGGGUGGAACAAGAGCAUACGAUCCUCUAUCCCUGGGUAACUAUUCUCGCUCAACUUGUCCAACGGCACAACCUCACAUGAUGCAGUCGGUCAACGGACAGUUCACAACAGUCAACAAUGGAAGCGCCGCAUCAACUGGCCUUAUAUCACCUGGUGUUUCCGUGCCAGUUCAAGUACCGGGACAAGCGAACGAUCUCAAUAUGGCGUCGAAUUACUGGCCCAGGUUACAGUGACAACUAGUAGCUUAAGCAUCUUAUUGCCGAGUGACUUCAACGAUGACUGAUCGGUCACUUUCUCCUGGGAUGGGUAGGCGUGUCCAGACUCGACACCCCAAGGUUUAUCGCCGGUCUUUCUAAAUUUGCUGACUGUCCUCUAUUUUGACAGAUGAGAUUGUCGUCCACAUCGCACAUAAACUCUUUGGACAAGAUAAACUACAUCUUCAAAUUCUUGUCUAAAUGAGCUUUAAUCAUUUACUUUCAAACAAUAAUUUAACAAUAUUUAAAUUGGUAUAUCGUUUCCACAGGUUUUAAAUUUCCCAUUCAUUAAGUCAUCAUUUCCAGUUCCGGUUCUGAUUC